AUGGAGGAUUUGGAUGCUUUGCUGGAAGAGCUGGAGCAGAGCUCCUGCCUGGCCUCCAAGGACCAUGCACUGAAGGGACCAAGCUCCUGCCAGGAUGCCCAGCAUGGUGCCCCAAAGGUGCCACUGCCACCUCAAGCUCAGCCUCCAGGAGAAGGUUUGGAUGCAGUGUACAGCACCCCUGCGCCGGUCCCAAAGCCGCUGCUCCCCUCAGCCGCGCACACAGAGGCCGCCCGGCAGCUGGAUGAGCUCCUGGCCGACCUGGGCCACACGCAGAGCAAGCUGGCAGCUGCAGGGCAGGGAGCCGGGGUGCCCACGGAGUCCUCGCUGGACAACAUGUUGGACAGCCUCACGCGGGACCUGCAGGAGCUGGGAAUCGUGGCUGCGCCCGCCGGCAUCUGUGCCUCCUGCCGCAAGCCCAUCGCUGGCAAGGUGCUCACAGCCCUGGGCAAAACCUGGCACCCCGAGCACUUCACCUGUGCCCGCUGCGGGCAGGAGCUGGACAAGGGGCCCUUCUUCGAGCAGGGCGGGCGGGCGUUCUGCGAGGAGGAUUAUCACCAGGCCUUCUCCCCGCGCUGCGCCUACUGCGCCGGCCCCAUCCGCGAGAAAGUCCUCACGGCCCUGGACCAGACCUGGCACCCCGAGCACUUCUUCUGUGCCCACUGUGGGAAGGUGUUUGGAGAUGAGGGGUUCCUGGAGCGCAAUGGGAAGCCAUACUGCCACCAGGACUUCCUGGCCAUGUUUGCCCCCAAAUGCCAGGGCUGUGAGCGCCCUGUCAUUGACAACUACCUGUCAGCCCUGCAGGGUGUCUGGCACGCCGAGUGCUUCGUGUGCACGGAGUGCCUGACUGGCUUCACCGGCGGCUCCUUCUUCGAGCUGGAGGGGAGGCCCUACUGUGAGCUGCACUUCCACCAGCGGCAGGGCACCAUCUGCCACGGCUGCGGCCGCCCCGUCAGCGGGCGCUGCAUCACGGCCGCGGGGCGCAGGUACCACCCCGAGCACUUCAUCUGCUCCUACUGCCUGGGCCGGCUGCACAAGGGCACCUUCUGCGAGCGCGGCGACAAGAUGUACUGCCAGCCCUGCCACGACAAGCUCUUCCUCUGA